UUCCCUUCUCUUCUUUCAUCUAUCGGGUGAUAGAGUGAGCCCCCCCACCUCCACUCCCUCCUUGUUGCUAUCACACUCUGGAGUAGAUUGGCAUCUUCUUCUUGGUCCUUGGCUUAUAAUGCUCCUAUUUUCAUUUUCUUGAAAAAAGAAAGGUAUUCAAACUUAGAACCUCAAGAAAUCCAAGAAAAUACUUGGGGUUGUUCCAAUUCAAACAAAGAUGUCAACUUUCUACCAAGAUAUUGUGGAUUAAAAUAUAAGGUUUUUUUUUUUUUUUACAAUUUUCAUAUAUUGAUAUUACCUUUUCGUUUAAGAAAAAGAUUUUUACUCCAAUCAUUAGCCUCCACAUAUAGUGCUAUGAAGAAGUUUCGUUGAAUCGAUUCACUUAUGGGUCCUUUUACUUUUUAUAAUUAGAAAUUCCAUGGUCGUCAUAUGUGUUUUCUGUGUGAUCACACAGGCCUGCCUGCCUGCCAAAUAACAUACAGCUAAGCAAUUUGAUAUGCUUUAUGAAUACCCAAUUGACUUGAAAUUGCUAUGAUGAUAGAUGAUUAUGUGUUGUACGCAUCUUGGCCUUUUUAUUUUAUUUUUUUCUUUUUUUGCCUAACUCUGCCUCUUUUAUCAUGUGGGGUCUUUAAAAAUCUUUACUCUCAAGGUGGUUUGCAAUAUUUAUAUUUUAAUUGAUUAUAGCAAUAUUUAUACUGAUUGUGUCUUUAUCAAUUGUGUUUCACUCUGAUUGAUUGGAUUUUUUUUUAAUAUAUGUCUAGAUAUUCUGGUGAAACAAACCUAAUUUUAGUUGUUGUGUGACUGAUGAGCUGACGUAAGCUUCGAUUGGGGACCAUGUUUAAGAUAUAAAUAAUUAAUCCCUAAUUGAUAACUAGUGAUCGUACAAUAAGCAAAUAGAUUGCAAGAUUUAUCAGGUCAAAAUCCAAUUAUUAUAAUUACUUAAAGUCAAAUGAUUUGUGUGGCUUGAUGCACUCUUUUCGAAAGUUAAGGGUGUGUUUUCCAUCAAAAUCCAACUGUGCUACUGUGUAUUAGUUGUAGUGAAAGCGAUGUCUAGUUUUUUAACGGGACUUGUGGGUUGCUUUCAUCACUGUAUUCAACAAGAUUAUGUUUUUCUAUUUAAUUUUUCGUAGAAAAAGAUUAGCUGUGACCGAUUAGAGAAGGUCAAAUUUGACUUUUCAUCCUAGUUGAGGUUAUGGGUGUUUGCAAAAUUGACCAUAACUUCUAUGUUUUUAUUCCAUAUUGGCUCACUUCCAUAACUACUCUCAUUAAUCAUUAAUGUCCUUUUGAAACACAUGUUAAUUGCAAACGAUAUUGUUUUAAGUAUUUGUCAUUUUUUAAAGGAUGGCUUAUUUGCUAAUUGUUAUGAAAAGUCAUGCACGAGGGUUCAAAAAGUCAAUUAGUAUCUAUUAAACCAUUAUUACAAUCUAUUCAUAUAAGAGAACAAUAUCCUUUCAAAAACCGUGGGUGGUCAAAGUUUCCAAGGAUUCGGUUCAGGGCUAGUAUGGUCUUUUUGAAAAUUUAAUAUAUAUAUAUAAUAUAUUAAUAUAUGGCCAAGUUGUGCAUGUGUAGAGUAUUUUUUUAAUAUUUAUACGCAUUAGAUUAAGAACGAGCGUUCUAAGAUGUAUUGGAACAAAUAGUGGGCCCUCUUUAUAACAUUGUUUAUUGAGGAUCUCCCAUAAUAUACAUAUAUAUACACGCUACACGUUUCUAGUGCUCGCAAAAUCUACAACAAAUUUUUUUUUUUGUUUUCUUUUCUUCUGAAACAAUGAAAACCCGAAGAGGAAGGCGCUCUGAGGCAUUCUGGCCAUCAAUGGUGAUGAAGAAAUGGUUAAACAUUCAGCCACAGCAUAAUGAUUUUAGUGAAGAUGAAGUUGAUACAGAGACUGAAAGUGAAGACGAUGUUUGCUCUCUUAGAAACGAAAGAAUUCAUUUUGAUAAGAAAUGUGCUCGAAGAACACAGAGAAACAUGUCUUCGUGUACAAGUCAUACCUUAGAUGGCAUGCCUGGAAAAGGGGUGAUAAAACAUAAGAGGGGGAAAUCAGAGACAUUACGCGUUCAUUAUAUUAAACCAAAAGAUGUGAGGAUGACAAUUGGCACAUGGAAUGUUGCUGGAAAGCUCCCUAACGAAGAUCUUGAGAUCGAUGAGUGGCUCUGUAUGGAUCAACCAUCGGAUAUAUAUAUUCUUGGUUUUCAAGAAGUUGUCCCUUUGAGUGCUGGGAAUGUACUCGGAGCUGAAACACGAAGGCCGAUAUCAAAAUGGGAGGCGAUUAUUCGAAAAGCUUUGAACAAAUCACCAGAGCCAGUCGCCAUACCUAAAAGCUUCAGUGCUCCAAAUUCACCAAUCUCAAACGACAAUGGCGAAUUAAGCUCCAUCAAGAUAAAUCUCCCCGAAACAAAAGUUAUCAAUAAACUUGACUGGCCUGAAAAAGCUCUAGACCUAAAACCAAAAGUUCUUUCAGCUGGUGCAAAGCUACGAAGGGUUUUAAGCAGCAAUGCAAGAGUCGGUAGUUCUGAUUGGUUAGCACCUCAAGAUAACACCUUCACCGGAGGGUUGAAAAGGGUGCACCAUAGCUCAGGCGAUCUGGGUAUGCUCUGGACUGAGCAGGAAGAAAGAACAGACAUGGUUGACUCGUUUGAUGAUGUGUCGGAACAAGUUUUGGAAGAGGAAGAUGACUUUUUUGGAGACACAACGGAAUUGGAGUAUGAGAAUUCGCCUUUAGAUGAUCAAGUAAACUCGCAUCAUAGGUAUGUACGAAUUGUUAGCAAGCAGAUGGUGGGCAUAUACAUCUCGGUUUGGGUUCGUAAAAGUCUACGAAGACAUAUAAACAACUUAAAAGUGUCACCAGUAGGCGUUGGGCUUAUGGGUUACAUGGGUAAUAAGGGCUCGGUUUCUGUAAGCAUGUCUCUGUAUCAAACAAGGCUAUGUUUUGUUUGUUCUCAUUUGACAUCGGGACACAAGGAUGGGGAUGAAGAGAGACGGAAUUCGAACGUAUCUGAGAUCUUGAAAAGGACUCGUUUUUCGUCUGUUAUAGAUCCCGAUCAACCACAAACAAUUCCAUGUCAUGAUCAGAUAUUCUGGUUUGGAGACUUGAAUUAUCGUAUCAAUAAGCAGGAUGCAGAGGUCCGAAAGCUCGUUGCCAUGAAACAGUGGGAUGAACUCCUCUAUAGCGAUCAGCUUUGCAAAGAACUGAGAAGAGGGCAUGUUUUCCAUGGAUGGAAUGAAGGAGCUAUUGACUUUGCACCAACAUACAAGUAUGAAAUGAAUUCAGAUAAAUAUGUGGGUGAAAAUCCAAAAGAAGGAGAGAAGAGGAGAACACCUGCAUGGUGUGAUCGCAUAUUAUGGUUGGGAAAAGGCAUAAAACAGCUUUGCUAUAAUCGAGCAGAAAUGAAGAUGUCAGAUCAUCGACCAGUGAGUUCAGUUUUUGUGAUUGAAGUUGAAGUGUUUGACCCACGAAAGCUACGAAGAGCCCUAAAUUUGACUAGUGCUGCAGUGCAUCCCGAGAUCAUAUUAGAUGAAGGGCUGGAACUAUAGCUCUAGUAGCAUCAUCAACAUUAUUAGUUCUUAAUUAUUAUACAUUUUUGAUCCUGAAUUUUGGUAGGAUUAACAUGAUAUAGAUUGGGAGAUGGUCUUUUUUUUUUUUGCAAAAUUCUAAGAAAACAAAAUCCACCGGUGAAAGAAUAAGGUGGAAUACAGUGUGUAUAGAAUUUGAAUGAAUUGUAUGUGUACUUUAUAUGGAUAUUGGAUGGAAAUCAUAUAUGGUUUCUGGACUUGUGCAUA